UAUUAUUGAUGGAAGUGGAACGUAAUUAAGAGAAUGAUAAACAAAAAUAAUAAGCAGAAGAACAUAAAAAUAAAGGAAAUGAUUAUUUUAAAAGAGGAUAAUAUUCAAAUGCAGCUGAAGAAUAUGAAAAAGCUAUAGGUAUUAAAAUGAAUGUAAGAUUUAGAAUUAUGUUAAAAUGAGCCUAAUUAUUAUGGUAAUAGAGCUGCUUGUUUUCUUUAGAUGAAAAAGUAAUUUUUACUAAUAAUAAUUAUAUUUAGAUAUAGCAAAUGUUUGAAAGACUGUGAAAAAGCUCUAAGUUUAGAUCCAAAGAAUGUAAAAUUUCUUAGAAGAAAAGCUUUGAGUUUACAAUAUUUAGGACUUUUAACAGAAGCAAAACCUAUAUUUGAAUAAAUAGUUAGUUUAGAUAAAAGUGAAUAAUCUGUUAAAGAAAAUUAAUAGAUUAAAGAAAUGAUCAAAAAUUUAUAAGAAGCUAGAUAAAAAUUGGAUGCUAAAUUAUAUAAAGAAGCGUUGAUUUUGAUUGAAAAGAUAGCAAGAGAAGUUCCUGAUGCUGUUGAUAUUCAAAUUUUAAAUUGUGAAUGUUUAGCUAGAACAGCAAAUAUUAAUUAAGCUUAAGAAUAAUUAAGAUUGAUUUAAGAUAAACAUGGACCAAGAGCUGAGACAUAUUAUUUGAAAGGUUUAAUAGAAUUAUAUGGAGGAAGUCCAGAUAAAGCAAAAUCAAUACUUUAAGAAGGAGUAAGAUAAGAUUAAAAUAAUAAAAAAUGUUUAGCAGCUUUUUAAAUGGCAAAAGAUUAGGAUAAUUAUAAAUCAAAAGGAAAUGAUUUUUUAAAUUCAAAUAAAUUUAAUGAUGCUAUUGAAUAUUAUACAAAAGCUUUAGAAGUAGAUUUAAAUAAUUUUAAAUUUAAUUCAUUAAUAUAUGCAAAUAGAGGAUUAGCUCAUUAAAAAUUAAAAGAUCAUAGAAAAGCUGUUAAUGAUUUUGAUAAAUCAAUAGAAUUAAAUGAUAGAUAUUUUAAAGCUUAUUUAAGAAGAGGAGAUUCAAGAUAUGAAUUAGGUGAUUUAGAUGGAGCAUAAAGUGAUUUUUAGAAAGUAAUGGAAUUAGAUUAAGGAUCUAUAUAAUAAAUGAGAUAAAAAAUAAAUGAUAUUACAAGAAAAUAAAAAUAAUUAUCUAAAAAAGAUUAUUAUAAAAUAUUAGAAGUUGAUAAAAAUGCAACUGAAGCAGAUAUAAAAAAGGCUUAUAGAAAAUUGGCUUUAUAAUGGCAUCCAGAUAAAAAUAAAGAAAAUGAAGAAUAAAAAGUAUAUAAUGAUAUUAAUAUAAUAAUAGAAAUUAGCAGAUUAAAAAUUUAGAGAAAUUGCUGAAGCAUAUAGUGUAUUGAGUGAUAAAAAAAAAAGAUAAUAAUUUGAUAUGGGAGUUGAUCCAAAUGAUCCAAUGGGAGGUGCUGGAGGAUUUGAAACUAAUAUUGAUCCAACAUAAAUUUUUAAAAUGUUUUUUGGUGGUGAAGGAGGUGGAGAUUUUGGUGAUUUUGGAUUUCCAAAUAUGGGAGGUGGAUAAUUUCCAGGAGGAUUUUAAACUAUGUUUACAAGUAAUUUAGGUGGAAUGGGUUAGAAUAUGAGAGGAGGAUCAUCAUUUCCAUUCUAAUUUGGAGGAGAUUUCUCAUAAUAAGGAGGAGCAGGAUUUCCUGGAUUUUCAUUUCCAGGAAUGCAAUUCACUUAAUAAUAAUAAUAAAGAAGAAGAUGAUUUAUUUUUGUUUCUC